UUCCUAACUGAGAGCGCUGCCGUCGCUAGCAUGUCAAAAUUGGGGGCGUUCCGACCCGACGUCCGGAAUGCGACAUAAUAUUUUGGUUACUCGCAAAUUGAUAGAAAUAUGGGUGCAAACAUCUCGCAGUUGGAGCGAGAUAUUGGAUCCGACCAGUUUCCUCCAAAUGAACACUAUUUUGGGCUUGUUAACUUCGGCAACACGUGCUACAGCAACUCGGUGCUGCAGGCGCUCUACUUCUGCCGGCCGUUCCGCGAGCGCGUGCUGGAGUACAAGGCCAAGAACAAGCGCACCAAGGAGACGCUGCUCACCUGCCUGGCCGACCUCUUCUACAGCAUCGCCACGCAGAAGAAGAAGGUCGGCUCCAUCGCGCCCAAGAAGUUCAUCGCGAGGCUGCGCAAGGAGAAAGAGGAAUUUGACAAUUACAUGCAACAGGACGCCCAUGAGUUUCUCAACUUCCUAAUAAACCACAUAAAUGAAAUCAUUUUGGCGGAGCGGCACCAGAGCACUUGCAAGCCCAAGCCGAGCAAUGGGGACAGCCGCUUGCCCCGGCCGGAGCCCACCUGGGUGCACGAGAUCUUCCAGGGCAUCCUGACCAGCGAGACCAGGUGUCUCAACUGCGAAACAGUCAGCAGCAAGGACGAGGACUUCUUCGACCUGCAGGUGGACGUGGACCAGAACACCAGCAUCACCCACUGCCUGCGCUGCUUCAGCAACACCGAGACCCUGUGCGGCGACAACAAGUUCAAGUGCGACCACUGCUGCAGCUACCAGGAGGCGCAGAAGCGCAUGCGGGUGAAGAAGCUGCCGAUGAUCCUGGCACUGCACCUCAAGAGGUUCAAGUACAUGGAGCAGUACAACCGCCACAUCAAGGUGUCGCACCGCGUCGUGUUCCCGCUCGAGCUGCGGCUGUUCAACACGCUGUCGCGCGGUCGGUAUCCCCGCUCAGUGGGCUGUCUCGUGUCGCAGUCGGACGACGCCGUGAACCCGGACCGCAUGUACGACCUGGUGGCGGUGGUGAUCCACUGCGGCAGCGGCCCGAACCGGGGCCACUACAUCAGCAUCGUCAAGUCGCACGGCUUCUGGCUGCUCUUCGACGACGACAUGGUGGACAAGAUUGACGCCUCAACCAUCGAAGACUUCUACGGCCUGACGUCGGACAUCCAGAAGUCGUCGGAGACGGGCUACAUCCUGUUCUACCAGUCGAGGGACUGCCUGUAGCUUUAGCCGUCGCCGUGCAGUUGUGUCAUGCCUAGUCAGGGGCGGGCGCCCGCAGCCGGGACCUACCCCCCCUCCCUCCCCAACCAUCCCCCCGUGCGGCACGGCGUUGUGAACCACCGCGAGACCGCGCCGUUCUGCCCGGCUGGCGUGCUCGCCCGAACCACCUGCUUCCGGGAGCGUGCCCGGCUAACGUCUCACCUGUGAUGUGACUUGGUCAAUUGUUACCGAACGCGAGGUUCGGUACACACGCCUGAAUCCAAGACUGUAGUUUUUUUUUUUUUUUGCAAUAGCUGUAGUUUUAAAAAAAAAAAAAGUAAAAA